CUGCGACGCGGUCACACUGCGCCAAUGUUUACGUUUUUGUCUUCACUGGAAAAAUUAGCCCAUAUUGUUGCUAAACGCAUAUUGUUCUCUCUUCGCGUGUAACAUUAACAAGAAAUGUCGCUGCUGGAACAGUACGAGCAGCAGUACGCAGCUCUGAUUGCGGAGAUAACAGCGCAUAUCGGACGAUUGCAGCAACAGAGCAGCAGCAGUGACCGUAAUGAGCUGUGCAGUAAAAUCGAUGGCAGCCUGCCCGAGGCACAGGAGCUGCUGGAGCAGAUGGGCCUGGAGGUAAGAGAGCUGAAUCCAGCACAGAGAACAAGCUUCAACAGCAAGCUGCAGGUGGCGCAAGCCGAGCUGCGACGCCUCCAGGCGGAGUACAAGCAAACCAAGGAUAAGCAGCGGUCGCAGCCAAACGCCUUCACAACCUUGGACUUGGGUGGGGCCGGGGACUUUUACGAGGAUGUGUCCAUUAACAAUGACCAGCGACAACGCCUACUAGACAAUUCCGAGCGGAUUGAGCGCACUGGCAAUCGACUGACCGAGGGAUAUCGCGUAGCCGUGGAGACAGAGGCUCUGGGCGCUCAAGUACUGAACGACCUGCACCAUCAGCGCGAGACCUUGCAAGGUGCCCGGGCACGUCUGAGGGAAACAAACGCCGAUCUCGGCCGUGCCUCCCGCACCUUGAACACCAUGGUGCUGAGGGCUCUGAGAGAAAAGGUCGUUUUAUAUGGGGUUGGUGUGUGCUUCGUGGUAGCUGUGGGUGUCAGCCUAUAUCUCACCUUUGCCCCGAGUUCCUCGGCCGCCACCUCAUAGUUAACCUAAUAGAAACGAAACCAAUUGAUAUGAAUUUCUAUUUGAGUGUAGCUUAUCACUAAUGACAUAUGUUGACGCAUUCCUGUUUUGUGAAUCGAUUAUUUAUUAUUUGUUUAGAAUAUUUUACGUUAAUGAGUAUUCAGUGUGUGAAGGAAACAUCCCAAUGGCUAAUCCUAGUGGAACAAAGCUGCAAAGACUUACGCACUACAUACGUGUAGCUUAUAUUUGGCAUUACACGGCGCCUAGACACUAGAUACUACUCUUAUGCUAUGACUCAUGUUAAAAGUUUGGUGUUUCGUGUUAAUUUUCGGGACGUAUUUUGCAUUAAUUCGUAAAAAAAAAAAA